AUGGGUCGAGUUCGUACAAAGACUGUGAAAAAGUCGGCCAAAGUGAUCAUUGAACGCUACUAUCCUAAACUCACACUCGAUUUCGAGACCAACAAACGAAUCUGCGAUGAAAUAGCUAUCAUCGCCUCUAAGCGCCUACGCAAUAAGAUUGCUGGCUAUACUACUCACUUGAUGAAGCGCAUUCAACGUGGUCCAGUCCGUGGUAUCUCAUUCAAGCUACAAGAAGAAGAGCGAGAGCGAAAAGAUCAAUACGUACCAGAAAUUUCAGCAUUGGACUUCGCAAAUCAAGAGGGUAGCUCGGGUCAUUUGGAUGUAGACUCAGAAACUAAGGACAUGUUGAAGAGUUUGGGAGUGUCGCCAAAACCCCUGAGGGGCUAG